ACUGCCAGUAGUACGUUAACAACAUGGCUGCUCCCUUGAUGUUGAUGCGGCGAAGCUGUAGGCAGGUGACCCUCUUGGCCGCCGCAUCGCGUUACUGGAGCUCUAUCCCUGUGGCUCCGCCCUCACUACAGUCCAGGCUCCUCCUCUUCCUCAGCCAGCGUUUCCAUGACAUUGAGACUAUCCUCAGCUGGAGCUCCUGGUUCAAGAACCGAGGUCUACGACAGAAGAAUUUUUUCUAUGGUUACACCCAGCAAAACUAUGGGGACAACAUUGCAGCUGCUUAUUGCAUCCUUAGCCUGAAGGGAGGAUUCAGGUUUGCAGGGCAGUCAGAGUGGUUCCGAUCAGACAGAAGAGGGAAGUUCAAUUGGGACUUCAUGAACCACCGGGACACCUCCAUAGAGGAAGUGGAUGUCAGCAACACACUCAUUAACUACACGGGCCUGGAAAACCUGGUGAAACAGAGGGGGUUGCGUACUCUCUCUGUGAGUGGCUGCGCUGAGGUGGAUGACUGGUUCCUGUCCCGCCUCCAUAUCUUCCAGGACACCCUGGAGGAGCUGGACAUUUCGAACUGUCCCCGAAUCUCUGUGGGGGGCCUGGCCGCACUGCAGAAGCUGAGGGGUCUGCGACGGCUGAACGUGUCCUCCCUCCCCAAGCUCCAGAACCCUGGGCUGGUCGCCAUCCUGCUGGAGGAGAUGCUUCCUCAUUGCCAUGUUACUGCUGUCGGGUACGACCACAGCCUGAUCUACAGCCAAACACAGACAGACGGCUAGACGCCCAGACACAGAUAAAGGCCCAGGCUGACGCUGGACGUCAAAAUCUGACUAGAGAAGUGGAGAGACACAAUCAAAGUUGGGCAUGGUGACAAAUGCUCUUAUUCGCUCUCUUUUUGUUUCUUUAACUAACAGUCACACAGACAGACAGGCAGGGAGGGAUGCCCAUUUAGUGUGUGAUGUAGAGCCUCACUGAUUUAAAAAAUGAUAAAUUAUCAGACAAGUGCUUUACUUACUUGUAGAGCAACAUUGUCGUCCUUAAGCUAUCAAAAUUAUCAGUCUAAAAAAUGUUCCUUCAAAAUAUGUAUAUAUGAUGAUGGUAUGGAUUAUUAUUAUUAUGCGUUGUAUUGGUGAUUUAAAUAAAAUAUUUGUAAAGUAUG